GUUCGACAUUACAAAUCUAUUACCUCCUCGAACGCUUAAUCAAUCUUUUUGCGUUCGACAUUGCAGAUCUUUCUGAUUUUCUCAAUCUGCUCCGCGUUCGGUAUUACAUUUGCGAGCGCUCCGAGCGGGCUCGAUCUCCUCCGGAUAAUUUGAAGGAGCUUAUCGAGCUCCAACGAAAAAAAGGCGGGAAAUUUGUUUGAGUUUGUCGAUCCGGUCGAUUUAUGGCAAUAAUAUAACCUCAAAUGUGAACUAAAGCCGGGAAUAAUAUGUGGCCGGGACUUAAAGCAGAUCCAUAGCAGAUCAAAGUUUGGUUUUUACAUUAUAACUGCAUAUAAAUAAUUACUUAUACGAGAUUUUAAUACCACGGUGAAACGCUUUUUUCUUAACUUAGAUUCAUAGAUAAAAAUGGAGGAAGCUGUAGUAUCCGUGAUUGAAAUUCUGGAUGAAAAUACAGAGAUACAUAAAAUAAACAAUGAAACAUAUAUUUUCAAUAAAAAAGAAAGUACCUAUGAACCUAUAAAUUUGCAAUAUGAAGAUAUAGAAGCUAAUAACUCAACUUUAGAACUCCUCGAUAAAAAAAGUCCUCUUUCGCCAACUGAUUCAAGUUGUUCUACAAAUUCAAUACAAGAAUGUAAGAGAUUGUGGACCAGAGAUUUAACUCUAUAUUUCAUCAAUUUAGUUAGUGAAAGAGAUGAACAGUUUCAAACCUGUGUAAAAAAACAUAUUUGGACAAAAAUUUCUUCCCAACUUAACGAGGAACAUGGAACUACCUUAACUUGGCAGCAAUGUGAAACCAAAUGGAAAGGACUGACAAAAAUAUAUCGUGAAAUUGUAGAUCACAAUAAUACUUCAGGCAAGCAAAGAAGAAAGUGGGAGUUCUUUGAUGCAAUGCAUGCUGUUCUCUUCAAGAAACCAGAAAUAUUGCCAGUUGCUACUUGCAGCAGCAGCUCUGGAUUGCAAGUAAAUAAGUCAGGAGAAAAGAUAUUCAAGAAGAGUGCUACUGAUAAUGAAGAAGAUAAAAAUGAGGAGACACUACAAGAUUCUAAUUUUGUUAAAAAGAGAAAAUCUUCGGCCAGGUCUAACAGCAUAGAGAGGAGACAUAAAGAAAAAAUGAUGAGACAGGAUUGUUUUAAUAACCUAUUUCAAAAAUAUAUUGAUAUAUUACAGAGCCAACAAAGCAAUAGAAAGCAAGAAUAAAAUAAUUUGUUUACAUUUUAAUAAGUAUUUAUAUUUUUGUACAUUUUGUAUGUAUAUGUUUGUAUUU